AUGUCCCCGCAUCUCUGCUUGAUAUACUACUCCCACUUCCCCCAAAACGCGAUAUCUCUGUCGCAGUCGCAUUCCCUGUCCUACUCCUGGAAGUUCGGCAAGCAGAUCCAGCGCCGGCAGCUUGAUCUCCCCGAAUAUGCGGCUAGCUUUGUCAAUUACAAAGCUCUCAAGAAGCUCAUCAAGCAAUUAAGUGCUACGCCUACAAUCCCUGCUCAAAGGACGGCCGAAGAGAUCGCCCAAGAUGGCCUUUUGGAUCCGCAAGCGUCGCUCCGGGCGAAUAAAGAAGUGUUCUUCUUCCGCUUGGAACGGGAGAUUGAAAAAGUCAAUGCUUUUUACCUACAGAAAGAAUCAGAAUUCUCCUUACGUCUCAAAACAUUAGUUGAUAAGAAGCGCGUCGUUCAGUCCCGGACUACGUCAAAUUCGAAAGCUCCAUCAAACUUUAUGGCACUAUUUGAAGGCCUACAGCAGUUCGACGGUGAUUUAAAUAAACUACAGCAAUUUGUGGAGAUCAACGAAACCGCCAUGUCCAAGAUUUUAAAGAAGUGGGAUAAAACGUCGAAAUCUCGCAUGAAAGAGCUCUAUUUGCAACGUGCAGUGGAGGUUCAACCUUGUUUCAACCGGGAGGUUCUUCGCGAUUUGGCGGAUCGAGCAACGGCAGCCCGCUUAGAGUUGGAAGCUUGGGCUGAAGGCGAAAAUAUGCAGUUUGACUCAUCAAGGCCUGCGGAACGCACCACUAUCCCUGGAUUUGGCACUGAAGAAGAAGAGUUAGAUCUUCAGAUCUUACAAUCCGCCUCAACUGGGAAUUUACAGACUCUGCGUGAAUGGCUGGUCAAGCUGCAAUCAUUCCCUGAUGCCCGUGACCGCGCGACGCGAACAUUUUUAACUGCGAUCAAUGGAUGUUCUGACGAGAUCAUCGCUCUUCUUCUGGAGAGUGGAUUGGUUGACAUUCAUGCGGAGGAUGAUAUCAACGAACGGAAUUGCCUUCACGAAGCUGCGAUUUCCGGUCGAGACUUUGUUCUUUCUGCUGGGAUCAAGGCAUCUGUGGAUAUUUCUUUAUCUGAUGUCUAUGGCCGCAUACCUCUUCAUUAUGCUUGCAUGCACGGCCGCGUAGACAUGGUGCGGGAGCUUUUAGAGGUAGGCCCACAGACGGUAGAUGUUAUGGACCAUGACAACUUCACUCCCUUGAUCCACAGCAUCGUGAAGCGUCAACUUGAAUGUGCCAGGCAGGUUUUGAUCAGCAAUGCACGUAUAGACCCAGCCUCCGAUACAGACCACAUUCCACUGAACCUCGCCUGCCAGCAUGGUUCAUUAGAGAUUGUGCAGAUGCUUUUGGAGCGAAAGGCUAAGGUGCUUCCCGACGCCGAGGGACUUUACCCCCAGCAUAUGGUAGCUCGCGCAUCACAAUCUCCGGAUUUGUUCCUAUUGUUGAGACAGCAUGGUGUGGACCUGAACCAGAGGGACAAGUUAUACCAAUGGACACCGCUUUUCCACGCAGCAAGUGAGGGCUGUGUACCAUGUCUACGGACGCUUUUGGAAAUUGGUGUUGAUGCACAGGUUUCAGAUGAGAAGGGCCUUUCGGCCAUGUAUUACGCUGCUUGGGAAGGGCAUCUUGAGUGCAUGCUGCUGCUCUGGGCCCAACCGAUAGAUAAUCAACCACCACAGCGGCCGCUUGAUGUCUUGAACGGAUUAAAAUUUCAAGAGCCUAGCUUUAUGGACACAUCUGACCGACGAGCAAGUUCUUCUGAGAUGGAGAUUGCCGAUGGAAUUCCUGAUCUUUCUCUUCCCCCUCCUUUCAUCCCCAUGCGACGAUAUGGCCACAAUUUCCUCGAUAAGAGGGCCUUCGUGCAACUACUAUUUGACCAAUCAAACGUCAACUCUAUCGCCUUCGACCAAGCUGGCAGACAUCCGGCCGCGCGGCUAACAAUCUCAUCGAAGGUUUCCGAUUUGAUUCCUCGCACAGUAAUGCUACCUAUUCAAGAUGACUCCCGCACAAUAUCCUUCCAUGUUGAUAAUUUGGACACUUUCGCUGUGGACUUCGAGAUCUUCCCUACUUUUGGAUCUAAGGUUAUCGCGAAGAGUGUGGCCUUACCAGUGGUCUUCCGUGCAGAAAGAUCUAGCGCGGGUACAUGUUGUCUUCCUCUAUUCGAUCCUCGUCUUCGGGCUAUAGGCCAGCUACGAUUCAAUUUCCAGGUUAUCAAACCUUACCACGGAGACCCACUGGAGAUCACACAUUUUGCAACAUACUGGAAGGCGACCGGCGCUAUCGACUCAGAGCACAAUGGAUUAAUUACUGGCUCUAGUUUAUCGGGCGAUUAUAUCCAAUUGUUCGUGCAAUUGACUCGGGAUCGGGUCCCUGUUCUUUACCCUCAGUUCCUCAUCAACCAUCAUGGAAUCGAUAUUCCCAUCUGCCAAUUGACACACAAACAAUUUCAGACCAUUGGUGCGGAACGAGGUGCCAAUAAAGCCCAGGCUCUACAAUUCUUGGAGGCCCAGGCACUCUACGAGAUGCCUAAAGCCCACCGCAUUCUUGCGGAGUCAUUCCUGUCACUCCAAGAUGUUCUGCAUGUAUUGCCAAUCGGUCUGAACGUCAACAUCUCGGUUAUCUAUCCAUCUAGUGCCGAGGAGAAAUCCCUUGAUAUGACUUCUCUGGCUGAUGUGAAUACCUUUGCUGAUGCCAUUUUGACCGAUGUUUUCCAUCACGCUCGGGAAUCUCGUGAUAAGAACCCAGACUUCAUGCGCUCGGUGGUGUUCACCUCCUAUAAUCCUAAUAUUUGCACCGCUCUGAACUGGAAACAACCCAAUUACCCUGUUCUUCUCUGCAAUGAUCUUGGCCAGAUUCGUGAUCUGGCUAGCAAUGUGGAUAUUCUUCCACAUGUGAACAGCAGUGGAAGAGCUUCCAUGUCGAUUAAGGAAUCUGCGCGUAUUGCUCAGAGCAAUAACUUCAUGGGCCUGAUUUGCCGCUCAAGUCUUCUUAAUGUUGUCCCCGCCCUCGUGGAGACUAUCAAAGAGCUUGGUCUCGUCUUGGUGGCUGAUACAUCCGAUGAGAAUACCGAGCCUGAGCGAAGGGGUUCCGUAACCACAGCCAACUCUAUAGGCGUCGCAGAAUGGGCUUACCGUAUGCCCGAGGGCGUGAAUGGUGCCAUGAAAGCUAAUGGCGUCUUAAGAUUCAACGACAUGGUCGACAUGUGA